AUGGAUGACGACGGGCUUUUUGGUGACAUAGAGCAGGACAACAACCCUUCUUUGUACCAAACCAUCGAGCCAGAAAACGACAAGUCGUCAAAUGGCAACAAGGAGCAACAUCAGAGACUCACCCUGACCUCUCCUGAACCACACAAGAUGGGUGCAUCGAUAGAUUUCAACAACAACAAUGUGGACAACGUUGUGGGUAACAAUUUGAUCAAUAGCUCCAUCGGGCUUUCCCAGAGAAUCCGCAAGAUGCUCAACAACCCCAAACUCACUAUUGAUGUCAUUCUGAGUGAGCGUGUUAUGAACUCAAUCGUCGUCUACCUCAUCCAGUUGAAGGUGAAAGGAGCUAAGGACAGCGAUGCUAUCAUUGUGAAGAGAAGGUAUAGCGAGUUCAAAUCUCUUCGGGACAACAUGGUCAAGUUGUUCCCCACCCUCGUCAUACCGCCCAUUCCAGAGAAACACACGCUUCUCACCUACUUGAUAAACGCCAUCGAUAGCGCGAGAGAGACCAGCGUUAUUGAGCUUCGAAAGCGCUACUUUCGUAACUUUCUCCAGGACGUCAUCUUCGAUUCAAAUGUGAAGUUACGAAACUGUCCGUUGCUCCAUAAGUUCUUGGAUCCAAACUACGAGUCGUGUUGGGAAAGUGCAAUCAACGAGCCGCCAGUCAGCUUGAUCCCUUCCAAUCUUUUACUUGCCAAUCCCAACGAUACUACUGAUCAGAAUGGGCUCUACUUACUUCUUCCAUCCGUCACAGGGUUCGACACAGAUAGCCCCGAUAACCUCUCGGGUCUCAAGAAACUCAACGACGACAUACACAAAUUGCAUGCUGAUAUUCAGAUAUACGACCUCAAAGAGAAUAAUCGGCACGAGAUCGCAGAAAAUGAUGCUGUGUUCUCAGACAUUCCAAUUGAUUUGAUAAAUUUUGAGAUCAAUUUCCACCAGAAUAUCAAGGUACUCCACGAUAUCCAGAAGCUAAAUACCCGCUCUGUGAAGAACUUCAAGACCUUGAUCAGCUCCCUCAUUGAGUUGGGAGGCAAUUUGAAUAACUUCUCCUUACAAAUUCACGAUGCCUCGACAGAAAGAAACAAGUCAUUGUCUUCCGUUAUCGAGAAGUUUGGGUCUGCGGUAGACUCAACUUUUCUCAAUUACGAACAUUUUCUCCUUGAUAGGGUUAUUCCAGAGUGGGACGAUCCCGUCAACCGGUUCGUUCAGUAUUACUUCUCAGCUUUGCAGCUCGUGAAGUAUUACAAAUACAAAUUGAUUCAGUUCAAACUUAUUUAUAAGUUGAAGUUCAACAAGGUUCAGGAAAUGAAUGCUUUUCACGACAGCGUCAAUUCAGUCAAACAUCUCAAAGAUCUUGAUAUCAACAGUCCGUCGAUCAAGAAAGCCAUCAAACGCAUUGAGAACAGACAACAUCGUGGAAGGCAACUUCAAUCAAAAAAGUCAUGGUAUGGUCUUUUUGGAGGUACCAAAACCACAUUUACUUUGCCCGAGCAGGGUCUCCAGCCGAAUGAGCAACCGCAUGUUGAACCGCAUGGUGAAGAGCAUACUGAGUCUCCUAAAGACAUUACUCCUAAUCCAAGAGAUCUCAAAACUCAAUACCAACAUAAGAUGCAGCAUAUUGAUAAGGAGCUCACUAAGCUUGACCAGCUUAUCGACUUGGUGAACGGUGAUAUGAUAACGCUCACUCAGAACCUACAAGUGAACUUCCAAGAGUUCCUCGACAAGAUGGAACGCAAAUGGCUUACUAUUAUGCUUGAAUUUGUGAGAGCAGGAAAGCAACUUUUUGAAGAGAAUUUGAACACCUGGAGUGAUUUCAAGACCUCAGUCGGUGAAGUCGAUGAUUAA